AUGAACUCGUUUGCUGAUUCAUUAAUGAAUGUGAAUCUAACAGUAGAUGAAUAUCACAAUCCAACACUUGAAGAAAUAAUUCGAUCGAUAGAAGAACGUGGUACAUUAAUUUUAGAUUCGAUGAAUUUGAGUGAUCAAGACAUGGAAAUAGUUGCGAAGUUAGGUAUUAUUGAAAAGAAGUGUAAGAUAAUCAGCCUUCGUAAUAAUGCAAUUACAUCUGUCGGUAUUUCUAUCUUGUCUCAGGCGUUUGGGAGUCGCACGUAUUUCUCGGCACUAUAUCUUGAUGGGAAUCGGAUAUUGGAUGCAGGUGUUCAAUGUAUUGCUACGAGAUUACCAAGCGAAGAGCUCUGUUUCAGAAAACUCUACUUGAAUUCUGUUGGAAUGUCCGAUGUUGGCUGUGAAUAUCUGGCUGAAAUGCUUCGAGUCAAUCACUCGACGUAUCAUCUACAUCUAAGUGAUAAUGAUGUUAGUGAUCGAGGACUUCAACUAUUACUUGAGACAACUCAAUCAUACGAGAGUAACAUUGCAUCAAUAACUUUAGAUGGCAAUAGACGAAUCACUGAUGCCAGCAUAAAUGCUAUCUGCACUGCUAUAUCUUUAUCUCAUGGUUUUCAUAAUUUAAACGUACGUAACUGUAGUAUAUCAGAUGCAGGUAAAGAGCAACUUAAGGUUGCAGCUCAACAAGGAUUUUAUUUUACUAUUGGCGUGUAA